GUGCGCCGGGGAGCCGUGCUCCCGCCGUUUGGGCUGCCCAAUUUUGGGGGGGGGGUGGGAAUCGGCUUUAUUUCUUGGGGCAGGCAGGCAGCAAUCGCAUAAUUAAAACCUCACUGGGAUCCUUGAGUGAGGGUGGAAGCCAUGAAAAAAAAGAACCCAGGAGAUACGGGGGUUGGAACGGGUGUCCGAGCACUGGGGACCUGGGUGAGACCCCUGCAGAGGAGAGUAGGCCAUUAGAGAAAUGGGAAGGAUUGUGAAGAUUUUUGUGGGAACGUUUCUUGCAGAACAUAAGUUAUUAGGAAACAUUAAAAAUGUAGCCAAGACAGCUAACAAGGACCAUUUGGUUACAGCCUACAACCAUCUUUUUGAAAGUAAGCGUUUCAAGGGUACUGAAAGUAUAAGUAAAGUGUCUGAGCAGGUGAAAAAUGUGAAGCUUAAUGAAGAUAAACCCAAAGAAACCAAGUCUGAAGAGACUCUGGAUGAGGGUCCACCAAAAUAUAUAAAAUCUGUUCUUAAAAAAGGAGAUAAAACCAACUUUCCCAAAAAGGGAGAUGUUGUUCACUGCUGGUAUACAGGAACACUACAGGAUGGGACUGUUUUUGAUACUAAUAUUCAAACGAGUUCAAAGAAGAAGAAAAAUGCCAAGCCUGUAAGUUUUAAGGUUGGAAUAGGCAAAGUUAUCAGAGGAUGGGAUGAAGCACUCUUAACUAUGAGUAAAGGAGAAAAGGCUCGACUAGAGAUUGAACCAGAAUGGGCUUAUGGAAAGAAAGGACAGCCUGAUGCCAAAAUUCCACCAAAUGCAAAACUCAUUUUUGAAGUGGAGUUAGUGGAUAUUGACUGAAAUAGCAAUGCUUCGGAUAUAAAGACAUCAGCAACAAUAAAACAUGGCCUUGAAGAAACUUAUGUAACUAAUUAGAGCUGGUUACUAUUGUAAGGGAAGAGUCAACCGGAAAAUUCAAGAACUCCGAUAUUGUUUACCCAACCCCUAACUUUUAAUAUAUGUAAUCCAUUAUAAUUCCCUAAAGUUUGAAAUAUUUUACUACAGCUGUGUAAAAUAUUGGUUAAGGAGAAAUGACUUUCCUUUUACCUCAUGUUGUAAACUAAAAGGUUCAAUAAAAACAUAUUCAGUGUC